AGUAAUGCACGAGAUCGAAGAGAACAAGGAAUCUCUACUCAGGUUAGCGAUUUCUGGAUCACAAGGUUUGUUUAUCCUUUUCGAUGUCGUCUCGGUGACGGCCUACUUGUUCGCUAAAGUUCUUUUUCUUCUCUUACAAACACCUCUGGCGGACGUGGGUGAAACGAUAGUGCGCCUGUAUCCCAGCUCCAACAACAUGGAACGCUGGAAUGAAGGAGGAUUCAUUCAGAUUUCAGAGUAUACUAUAUCUGUACACGUAGACAAACUCCCAUCUCCUAAUGACUUCAAUGGCAUUCGUUACUCAUUCAAGGUCCAAGCUACAUCUCCGUCAGUUAGGAAUAUCCAAGAAAGCUGA